AUCCAAAGAAACCUAGCGCAUAUCUUUCACGAUGAAAAUAUUGUUGGUAAUGUAUGGAUGAUUCAAAUCAAAGGCACCAAAUGCAGCUUUUCAACCAUCCAUCCUACUCCAUAUCAUUAUUUUGUUAAUGUUCCACAAUUUGACAUAUCCUUCCCUACCAGCUACUCACUUCUGAAUGAAACGAACAAUAAGUUUAUUAGACCUUUGCUUGCCUUUAAAACCUCUAUUGAAAAACUGUCAGUUGAAGUAGAAAAUAAAUUAAAACGUCCCACGCUCAACCAAUCUCCAAGUAGGAACCAAAACUUGCCACCCGAACCUACUUGGUUCACACCUCCCGGGGGGGGACUAUUCGAUUUCAAGAAUUCCAGUAUCUGAAACCUUCGAUAGUGAUGAAGUGUUUGAUUCCGAUGAUAACGACGCUGAAAGCAAGCAUACAGACAAAUCAUAUGACCAACCGGACGAGUUUGGAUUCGUUAAAAAAGGUGGACAAUGGUUCAAUGUUAAUACUGAAACUUAUUGGGAUUCACAUCCUUUUGCUGAUUAGUCUCUUUAUGUUCCAGUAUAGCUAUUAAUGACAAAAUAUUAUAGUUUAUUGAUACAAAUAAUAAAGAACAAAAAAAAAC